GGUUGCGGCCUUGCGUCCGCCGCGUCCAUUUCCGGCCGGUCAGGUGACACGCGUGACGUCACUUCCGGCGCCGUGGUAGUCACACGGCCGGAACCUGGAUCGGAGGGACGCAUUCAGCGAGCGCGCAAGAGGCCUAGCCGGGUACUCUCCACAGGUGAGGGGGGAGUAUCCGGGCGGGCCUGCUCCGCUGCGCGACACUCUGCAAUAGCUAGCAUGGCAAACAGAGCAAGUCUCUUACAGAGGGGCCGCGGCGUGCAGAGAGGGAGGCUCAGGGGGUCUAAUGUUAACAAGCAGGCUUAUGGGAGAGCUAGAAGCGCAUUGCUGGAGCGCCAGUGGUAUAACAGGGGGGGUGCCAGCAGCAACUAUGUACCCCAAACAAGGGAGAAUGCGCCCACUGAUGGGGCACAGGGCGAGUCGCUAUGCACAAUAACUGCAGGGGUCCAGGGAGGCCAAGGGCUUGUUGCUGCAGGUGCUCAGAGCGUUCAUUCAGUCAGGGAGCGCGUGGUCAGAGAAUCCCCCUAUGUGGCAGGGCCAGCGAAUGAAUGGAGUGGUGAUAUGAAUGACGAGAGGGCUAGAGGGGUCCCAGACAGGGCCGGGGGCAGUACUUCUACCCCGAUUGGGGGCGGCAGUCAAGGGGGACACAUGGCUGGCCUGGAUACUCCCCUCUUGUUUGUUUCUCCCCCACAGGACAUGGUGCCUACACCGCAGAGGACAGAGGGCCCGGGUACAACGGGAGUAGGACUAUCUGUACAGCCGUCAGGCGGAUCAGUGGCAGCUGCACCAGGAAUAUCUACCCCUUCAACAUCGGCAGUUGGUGUGGCUACAGGUCCUUCUCGCAUCUGGAUAAUAGGGCACUCCUACGUGCACUGGGCGGCACUGAAGGCCCAUUCUCUUCCUGAGGGGCAGCAGUUGGGGAUUCCGACGUCUAAGGCAUCAAUACGGUGGUUGGGCCGUAGAGGCUUACAGUGGGAUGGUUUGCCUGCCCUCCUCCAGAAUGCCAGACAUAGAUGGGGACAGCCCCACAUCAUCCUCCUUCACAUGGGGGGAAAUGAUAUAGGGAGUGCACCGGCUCUGGACCUCAUCAAUGCGAUGAGGUCGGAUGUCAAGUGGAUCUGUACCACGUUCCCGGGGGUUAGGCUGGCUUGGUCCAACAUAAUCCCCCGGCUGCGUUGGAGAUAUUUUCCCACACCUAGGAUAGCAUAUAGGGUUAGAAAAAAAGUUAACAGGGAGCUGGGUAGAGCAGUACUAGAGGUAGGGGGUUUUGUGGUCCGCCAUGAACUGAUCUCAGCAGACAAAAAAGGGCUGUAUCGCCCGGACGGGGUGCACCUGUCCGACGAAGGGCUGGUGAUCUUCCUGGUGGACCUCAAAACGGCUCUGGUUAGUAAUAUUUAGCGGGUGGCGGCAAGAGCCCGGUUUAUGUGGGAGUGCCUGUCUCUUGUGGCGGGAGGUCCUAGCCAUCAACAAUUGAGGGCGGAGUCUGCAGAGGUGACAGUCGGGCUAAUGGGCGGGGGUGAUGUCCUCAGGUCGUGACCUGGGGGGCCCCGCCCCGCGGGUCUGCUGGCUGAAGAUCCUUUAGGACGUCCGCGCCUAUUAGACGGAAUGGGGUGGGGCCACAUUUGCGCCCCACCCUUGGCAUUUGCAAUUCCACAACAUCUGGCUGCGACCUCUUGUCAUAUGGAGCUAAUAGUUUACUAGGCCUCGAAUGCCGCCACAGGUUAAAUAUUUGAAUGACUUCCGUUGAAGUCAAGUUAAUAUUUGUUAAUAAAUAUGACCAUCGUUAUGGUCUUUAAAUCCCAGCUAUCUGUGUCGUGUCUUUAUUUAUAAGUUAAGUAGUUAUGUUAAGUUGUUUUUGUAAGGGGUUGGAACUACCAGAUACAGCAUCAGCCCUUAGGGGAAUGAAAGGUAGCAGAGUCUCCUGUAAUGGAGUUAAGGGAUGAGCUGACAGGCUAGUGGAAAAUCCCAGUGCAGUGUAGUAGCAACAAUGUUGCAAGGUGAGGGGAGGUCUUAGGCUCACCUAAUAUAAAGGAAGUUCUGGAACAAUCUGGCCUCUUCCACCUGGGAUUUUGCAAGGAGAAAGUUUCCCUCCCUCCCAACCCUAUUGUUAAAUGGUUAAUUAAGUAGUUGCUAAUGCAACAUUUUUAGGCGUCAUUCAGGCAGAUGGCUUCCCGGACGGGUUGCUGGUCCUUUAGAUGCGAAAGGCAGGGAUGGGGUUAGUUGACCUAGUCUUGGUAAGACCUUAGCCGUAAUUUAUUUGCUUCCUGGAUGAGCUUUGCUGCAGGGCUUGGCCAUACCAGUGCCUUAGAGGCUGAAGCGCAUCAUAACAUCCACGUAUCUCCUAAUGGCGGGAGGUCGUAGCCAUCAACAAUUGAGGGCGGAGUCUGCAGAGGUGACAGUCGGGCUAAUGGGCGGGGGUGAUGUCCUCAGGUCGUGACCUGGGGGGCCCCGCCCCGCGGGUCUGCUGGCUGAAGAUCCUUUAGGACGUCCGCGCCUAUUAGACAGAAUGGGGUGGGGCCACAUUUGCGCCCCACCCUUGGCAUUUGCAAUUCCACAACAUCUGGCUGCGACCUCUUGUCAUAUGGAGCUAAUAGUUUACUAGGCCUCGAAUGCCGCCACAGGUUAAAUAUUUGAAUGACUUCCGUUGAAGUCAAGUUAAUAUUUGUUAAUAAAUAUGACCAUCGUUAUGGUCUUUAAAUCCCA